UGGAGCCUGGCCUUCGCGGGAGGAGGAGGAGGCGCCGCCGUGUCGCGGAGGUCGGGAGUGGAGCGUUCUCGGUGGUGAAAUGUAAGAGGGAGAGAGAGAGAGAGAGUGAGAAAGCCGAUUUUGUUGAGUUCCAGUUCUCAUCCAACCAGCCCCCAAAGGCCAGUGAUUAUGGAUAUCUGGAGCUGUAGUUCAACAGUAUCCGAGUGCUAUCAUGUGGGCUGCAUGUUGCAACUGGUUUUGCCUGAAUGGACAGCCUGAAGACAUGCCACAUUGCCCGCAGCCAGGAACUCGAGCAUACUCCAAUGCUGGCUACAGCUCCUUCCCAUCUCCCACAGCUUCAGAGCAGAGUUGCAAAGCCUGUGGGGUGCAUUUCAGCAGCUCCUUCCUUAAGCGCGUCUGCCUGGACUGCAAGAAAAGCUUCUGCCCUUCCUGUUCGCACCAGCCCGAGAGCAGCCCCUGCCUCUGCCACCUCUGUGAGCGAUUCCGAGCUACAGCUUUUCAGCGGGAAGAACUCAUCAAAAUGAAAGUGAAGGACUUGCGAGAUUAUCUGGAGCUCCGGGAGAUCUCCACGGAGAUGUGCCGUGAAAAAGACGAGCUGGUGUGCUUGAUUAUCAGUCAGCAGCCCUUGGAUCCCCAAAGGGAGAGGGCCCCCCAGGUUCCUUGCCCAGCACCAGUUUCUGUUGCCCAGGAGGAGUGUACAACGACACCAGUUUCACAGGAUUACUCUCCCGAGCAAAUUUCCACCAACCCUGCCUUGCAGACUGAGGAGCAUCCCCAGGCAAAUGGGCAUGUGCUGCCGAGCCAGGACGAUAUGGCAGAAGUUGAGAGCGGAGUGCAAAACCUGCCUGAGGAAGAGACGCAGUCCACUGAUUCAGAAGAUAACCUAGUUACGGGACGGAGGGCAUCUCUCUCUGACCUAACAAGCCUGAGAGAUAUUGAUGCCCUCUCGGUAAGGCAGUUGAAAGAGAUCCUGGCUCGCAACUUCGUUAACUACAAGGGCUGUUGUGAGAAAUGGGAGCUAAUGGAGAGAGUGACCCGCCUUUACAAAGAGAAGGACCUCCAGCAGCUGGUUUCAGAUACUGACGAUCAAACUGCUCCAACUGGUAAUGCCACCCUCCCUGGUUCUGAAGAAAAUCUCUGCAAAAUCUGUAUGGACUCCGUCAUUGACUGUGUCCUAUUGGAGUGUGGCCACAUGGUGACUUGCACAAAGUGUGGGAAACGUAUGAAUGAGUGUCCCAUCUGCCGGCAAUACGUGAUAAGAGCUGUCCACGUUUUCAGGACUUAAAAGCACAGGAAGCAGGACUAAUAUUCUUCCACUGUGACAGAGAGCACCAGUCCCAGAGCCACCCAGUCCCCAUUCUUAAGAAGCCCACAGAUGAUAGGUGAGAUGAAGGAUGGAGGGCUGCGGAGAAUUGAGCUGUGAUUGGCUGCCUACCCCAACUAAUACUGUGCAUUAUACUACAGUGCCUGGAGAGCUGGACAUCCUCAGUAGAUCUAGAAAGCAACAUGCCUUUUCUUUGUCUGCUUUUGACAGGGCAUAAAGAAACUCUUGAUGUUUCCAAGACAUUGAGGCUCUUCCCCUCUGGAGUAAAUAAACAAGGUGAUCUAAAGAGGAAGAGAGAUUUGCUUCUCUCAAUUCUCCUUUCUCUUUGACUAAAUCCUUGAAGGGGAGAAUAUAUAUUCCUUCUUUUUUUGGAUAUAUAUUUUUUUUAAAGAAAAACUUUUAGUUUAUUAGCUAGCCUUGCUGGUCAGGCUGAAAGUUGUCUCUUCUAUUGCCUUGGAUUCUUGUACAGAGUAAACCUGUGUCCUACCGUAGUGGCCAUGGUGACAUAUCUACAGAUGAAGAGGGGUUGUAGGCGAGGCGAGGAUUUACAAUGAUGGAGUUGAAAUUUUGCCAGUUUUGUAGCGAAUGAGUAUCUCAGGGAUACUUUCUAUGUUUUUGUUUGUUUAUAAUUUUGUCAUGAUCAAAAUGCGGUGGCCUUUAAGAAAAUCAAGUUGCAUUAUAAUUGAUUUGUUUUGUAUUGUCAUUGGGGAAAACUCUUUAACAUUUGUUCUGGAUUUUGCUUAUGGAAUUAGCAUUUGGGAUAAUAAGGCGGAACCAGUUGUGCUUUUUAAAGGCCAGCGUCAGAUCAUAAACUACAUUAGGGCCUGUCCUUGACAAAGGAUCCUCUUCAUUUCACUCUUUUGUUAGCAUUUGCUGCCUUUCUGAUAAUAGUAUUUCAUACCGAGAUGAACAGAUGUCCAGAUUGCUUUCUGUAGAAGUUCAACUACUUGAUUUUUUUGAAGUACACAUUUCUGCCUUUAAAUGACAAGCGUUGGCAUUUCAUUUGCUUCUAUUGAAAAAAAAAUCUUAUGUUCUUUAAUCACUCUUCGGUGAAGCAUUGAAGUGAAGAAAUUGGAUACAUGGGAUCAGAAUGGAUCUUU